AUGGAUGACAUACCACCGCUAUUCAUUCCGUUUGAUAUUAGUGAAGACGAUGAUUCUACAUUAAGCGAUAGUAGUUUAAUUUUUUUCCAAAAUCUUAUUAACGAAGCCGCCGAACUGGAAGACAUGGGUACUUCUAGAGAAAGGAAAUAUGUCCGUCGAGAUCGAGAGAAAGGUCACGAAACCCUUAUGAGAGAUUAUUUUGUCGAGGAGCCCAAAUUCAACGAAGAGGUUUUUCGUCAUAGGUUUCGUAUGUCAGAAAGGUUGUUUUUAAAAAUUGUGAGUGACGUGCAAGCGAAUAACUCGUGGUUUCAAGAGACAUUGGAUGCGAGAAUGAAGAAGAGUUUUACACCGAUGCAAAAAGUUACGUCGGCGAUUAAGCAACUUGGAACCGGUAACCCUCCAGACAAAAACGACGGAUAUUUAAAUAUGGCCGAAAGGAGUUCCCGUGAUUGUCUAGAUAAUUUUUUCGAAACGCAUAAUAUGAUUCUAAAAGAUGACGGAAACGCGAUUGCCCGGUACAUAUUCGGGAUCCUCAAGUCGAGCCCGUUUUCGAUGACACUGUUUAUAACGAGCUCAUUGAUGAAGAUAUUCAUUAUAGACUAA